AUUCCUGCUAUCUGGGAAUUUGAACGUGAUAAGGUGAACUUAUUGAAGGAACUAGGCAAAGGCGCGUUCGGUAUGGUUUAUCUUGGUGAAGCUCAUGGUAUUAUUCAUGGCGAAUCGAAAACUAAAGUAGCCGUCAAGACAGUGAACGAAAAGGCUACCUUCCUACAGCGUCAAGAAUUUUUAAAUGAGGCCUGCAUUAUGACGCAAUUUGAUUGCAAUCAUGUAGUUCGAUUACUGGGUAUCGUUUCACAAGGAAUUCCGCCUCUAGUUAUCAUGGAGUUAAUGGCUUGUGGUGACCUAAAGAACUAUUUACGAUCGCUUCGUGAAGACGCUGACAGUGCAGAUUACCCUAAUCCAAACCGACCUUCUGAUAUCCACUUUCAUAAAAUGGCUGCUGAAAUAGCUGAUGGAAUGUUAUACCUAGGUGACAAAAAGUUUGUGCAUAGGGAUUUAGCAGCUCGAAAUUGUAUGGUUAACGAGGAUCUUACUAUUUUCGGCAUGACUCGUGAUGUUUAUACCAGCGACUACUAUCGUAAGGGUGGAAAAGGAAUGCUACCUAUUCGUUGGAUGCCUCCUGAAUCUAUAAGAGAUGGAGUAUAUACAUCAGCUUCUGACGUAUGGUCAUACGGAAUUGUUUUAUGGGAAGUUGCUACCUUAGCUGAACAACCUUAUCCAGGAAAGUCGAAUGAAGAUGUUGCUCGAUAUAUUCUCGAUGGUGGGAGCAUACAGAGACCUCCGUUCUGCUCUGAUAAAUUGUACCAUAUUAUGGCUAAAUGUACCCGAUUUCAAGCCAAAAUGAGACCAAAAUUUCGAACAAUUAUUGAUUUACUACUUCCUGAUUUACCAGACACAUUCCAAGAUGUGUCUUACUAUCAUUCCGAAGAA